CGGUCAGACCAAGCUCAAAAACAGAGAACCACUCAAAGGGAAUAUCUAUCCAAGCUAUUAAUGCACUAGGAAAAUAUAGACAGAUCUUUUUGACACCAUGUUGGAAAUGCUAGAAUACAAUCAUUACCAGGUCCAGACGCAUCUCGAUAGCCCUGCCACCAAGUACCACCUCCAGCAUCAGCAUCAGCAGUCGUCUCCGCGGCAACAGCAGGUGAAGCAGUACCUCAGCUCCACUCUGGGUGCCAAGCUCGGAGGCUCAGGCAGCAGCGGGUCCGCGUGCGCCAGCCAGCACCCGGAGCACGGGAUGCCCCCCGGCCCAGGCACCAGUGCCCCCAACAGCCCUAUGGCCCUCCUGACCCUCAACGCCAACUGCGAGAAGGAGAUGGAUGACGUACUUGAAGACAUUAUUAGCCUGGAGUCAAGCUAUAACGAUGACAUCCUCGGCCUCAUGGACGCUGGACUGCAGAUGACCAACACGAUUCCAGUGUCCUCGAACCUUCUUGAGAUGUACAGCAGUCAUGGCAUCCCCCCUCCUGGAGUGGCCAUCAGUAACGCUUGCCCAGCCAGUCUGCCCAACGUCAAAAGGGAAUUCUCAGUUGCCCCUGCCCCAGGAAUGAUGCACAUACUGGACAAACCUGGAUCCUGUGGCAAUUUUGAAAGCUUUCAAAGGCAGGAGGGAUUCCCAGUAGAAGCUGAGGUCAGGGCACUCGCCAAGGAAAGACAAAAGAAAGACAACCACAAUUUAAUUGAACGAAGGAGAAGGUUCAACAUCAACGACCGCAUCAAGGAGCUGGGAACACUAAUUCCCAAGUCAAAUGAUCCGGACAUGAGGUGGAACAAGGGCACCAUCUUGAAGGCGUCGGUGGACUACAUCAGGAAACUGCAGCGGGAGCAGCAGAGGGCCAAGGAGCUGGAGACGCGCCAGAAGAGGCUGGAGCACGCCAACCGACACCUCAUGCUGCGCAUACAGGAGCUGGAGAUGCAGGCCCGAGCCCACGGUCUCUCCAUCGUGGCCUCCCCCACCCUUUGCCCGUCCGAGCUGAUGGCCCGAGCUAUCAAGCAGGAGCCCGGCAGCAUGGACGAAUGUGUAGCCGCCAGCCUCUACUCCAGCCAGGCCUCGCACCCGCACUCACACCCUCAGUCCUCGCCUGACCACCUCUCCCGGCCCUCCACCCUCGACCUCAACAACGGCACCAUCAGCUACGGCGACAGCAGCAGCCACUGCGAAAUGGACGACGCGGACGGGAGCUCGGAGGCCUACGGCAGCCCGCCCAGGGGCCAGCUGGGAGGAGGAGGAGGAGGGUGCGGAGGGGGCAAGCUGGAGGACAUUCUGCUGGACAGCGCCCUGUCGUCGGUCGCCUCCAGUGACCCGCUACUCUCCUCCAUCUCCCCCGGCGCCUCCAACAGCAGCAGCCGCCGGGGCAGCACCAGCACCGAGGACAAUGACCACGACACCGGCUGUUAGUGUGUGUUAGUGUGUGUGUGUGUGGCGGGACAUGGUGUGUGACAAUGACCACGGUACCAACUGUUAGUGUGUGUGUGUCUGUCUGUCUGUCUGUGUGCGUGUGGCAAUUUGUAGAAGUUCUUGCACACCUCCUUUGGUCAUGUGCGUUGGAGGAGAACCCCAGGGUGACCAACGUCAGAAAACAAAAAAGGCACUCGAACAGUGCGCUGUCCUUAUUUGCGCAUUUAUUUCCAAAGUUUCGGCCUACUGACCGCUUAAAAAAGGUCACUAGACCAAAAUCGUUGCAAAUAAACUUGCAAAUGGGGACAGUGUUUGAGAGCUUUGUUUUCAUGUGUGUGUGUGGCGGCGGGACAGGACAGGGUGUGACAGUGUGUGUGUGUGACAGUGACAACAGCACAGGAGAACAGUGUGUGCAUUCCAAUAUGCGACCUUGCGUCCUCCACUUGGGAUUGUGGCCUCACAUUUUGCUGAUGCCCCGCCCCCGUGGAGAAAACAAUUAAGUUUCCAAGUUGUCAGCCUAGCCAAAACAAUUUUGGGGGACUAUUCUUCAUUUACCAUACUGUUUGAAAAUGAGAAAACGAUUUUACAAUUGAGCUUUUGCGAGAUAUUAAAAUAUAAUGCUGUUGUCUGUGAUGUCACCACAACAUAUUACUUCCUGGUACAAGGUCAUACGCACAAGUGGAGGACGAAAGGUCGCAUGUUGGAAUGCACACAGUGUGUGGAGAACAGGACAGGGUGUUGACGUGUGUGUGUCAAUGACACUGAUAGU